CCUGCUUAUUAAAUGCCACGUCAUGCCAUAGCUUCGAUGAUGGUGAUGAUGAUGAUGAUGAGGGUUUCUGAUAGAGCUAAACCAGUGGCUUUAGAUCUAAAUAUAUGGUCCUCACACUCUUAUUAUAGUCUGCCAUAGCAGAGAAGAGAGAGACUCUUCAAAAAAAAAAAAGCUUCAUUUUUUUUUUGUUAAUAGCUAUAUUACUACUACAAAUAACAACGCCCAAACAAAAAACUACAAAACAAAGAAAAGAGCUUUAUUUGCAAUACAAGUUGAGAGAGAGAGAGAGCUUAUCUUUCUGAGAGUUUUCACCCAUAAAAACUCGUCUUUUUAUUAGCUUAGAACUUCAAACCACUUUAGCUUAAGCUUAUUAGCUUUUAACUCAAAAGAGUUGAUAAUGGGAGAGGAGGAAAAGAAACCGGAGGAGAAGAAAGUUGAAGAGAAAAAACCAGAAGAGGCUAAAAAGCCGGCGGAGGAGAAAAAAGAAGAGAAGAAAACAGAGGAAGAGAAACCGGCUUCGGCUCCAGCUCCGGCUCCGGCUCCUGUAGCUGAAGAGAAAAAGGAAGAGAAGAAAACAGAGGAAGCUUCCAAAGACCAAGCUCCGCCGCCUCCUCCGCCGCCGCCACAAGAGAUUGUUCUAAGAGUUUUUAUGCAUUGUGAAGGUUGUGCUAGAAAAGUCCGCCGCUGUCUUAAAGGGUUUGAAGGGGUUGAAGAUGUGACUACCGAUUGUAAAACUCACAAAGUGAUUGUUAAAGGAGAGAAAGCUGAUCCACUUAAGGUAUUGGAGAGGGUUCAGAGGAAGAGUCAUAGACAGGUUGAGCUUCUUUCUCCAAUUCCAAAACCACCAACAGAGGAGAAAAAGCCUGAAGAGAAAGAGAAGCCUAAACCAGAGGAAAAGAAAGAAGAGGUUCCAAUCGUGACAGUGGUCCUAAAAGUUUACAUGCAUUGUGAAGCUUGUGCACAAGAAAUCAAAAAGCGCAUAAUGAGAAUGAAAGGAGUGGAAUCAGCUGAACCAGAUCUAAAAAGCUCACAAGUAACAGUAAAGGGAGCAUUGGAUCCAACCAAGUUGGUUGAAUACGUGUACAAGAGAACAGGAAAACAUGCAGUGAUAGUAAAACAAGACUCGGAUAAGAAAGAAAGUAAAGAAGAGAAAAAAGCUGAAGAAGGUGGUGAGAAAGACAAAGACAAAAAAGGUAGUGGUGGUGAGGGUGGUGAGGGUGCACCUGCACCUGCAGCAGAGGGUGGAAAAGAAGAGAAGAAAGAAAAGAAAGAAGAAGGUGAUCAAGGUGUUGUUGUUGAGGAAAAUAGUGUUGUUGAGCUUAAGAAGAAUGAGUUUAGUUAUUACUAUCCACAACCAAGGUAUGGUAUGGAAAAUAUGUAUGCCUAUAAUAACAAUAUUAGUAUUGCUUCUGUUCCUAAUGCUAAUAUCUAUAAUCCUAAUGCCUAUAAUGCCUACCCUCCUCAGUAUUUCAGUGAUGAAAAUCCUAAUGCCUGUUCUGUUAUGUAAAGAGAAGAAAAAUUAAAAGGGGUUGGUUUUGAGGGACAGGAGAAAAUUGUCCAGAAAAUGAGGGGUGGUGAUUUGGGCUCUGCUCUGUUGGAUCAUGUUCUUCUACUUUGGUUACCCUGUUAUGUGUAGGUCUUUUUUUUUUUUUUUUUUAAUGGGGCCCUUUGUAUGAUCUACAGAUACAAUGUAGAAUUUUGAGGCUGCUUAUGCUUUUGUAAUUUUUUUUUUAGUUGUUCUAUAUAAAUAUGAAAGAAAUAAUUAUGAAAAA